UAUAAAAAAUUAAAAUCCAAUAGAUUACUAACACUUAAAACCUUAUUUUAAAACAUUAUUUCUAAAUAAAUGAACUAAGAGCAAUUCUAAUAAUAGAAUUAAGUUAAAUACCCACCACUAGCUCCUUAACCAGCUUAAACUGUUGGCGAACCUGUUUAUUACAUGGCGAAUAAUCCUUAAUAUUAAUAAUAUUAGCAACAACCUGUGGUAUAACCUUAAAUGAACCAAUAAUAAAUGAUUAACAAUCCUCAAUAUUAAGCAUAUCCAUAAUAAUAUCAACCUUAAAUGUACUAAUAACAACCAUUUUCUAAUUAACCUUAAAUGUAACAGUAAUAAUAACUAUCCUAACCAUAAGCUGCUUAGUUGACAGCAAAACAAAUUUGUGCAAAUACUUCUGACCCAGUAUCAGUGGUUUGUCCUAAUUGCAACAAAUAUGUUUUAACAGAUAUUAAAAAAGUUAGACCACCAGGCUUGAUCUCACUAGCCUUUAAUACAGUAACUCUUGGAUUAGUUUCAGCUACUAAAGAUAAAUUCCAUUAUUGCCCAAACUGCAACGCAGAAAUAGGAGUAUGCUAAGUCAUAAAAGGCAAAAAAAUUAAAAGAAAGUGA